AUGCUGAGCAGGUGGAUGAGUGGCAGCAGCAGGAACCUGGACCGCGAGUACAACUGCACCGUGCGGCUGCUGGACGACAGCGAGUACACCUGCACCAUCCAGAGAGAUGCCAAGGGCCAGUACCUGUUUGACCUCCUGUGCCACCACCUGAACCUGCUGGAGAAGGAUUACUUCGGCAUCCGCUUCGUGGACCCCGACAAGCAGAGGCAUUGGCUGGAGUUUACCAAGUCGGUUGUGAAGCAGAUGCGGGCCCAGCCUCCUUUCACCAUGUGCUUCCGUGUCAAGUUUUACCCCACGGACCCCGCGGCGCUGAAGGAGGAGAUCACCAGGUACUUGGUUUUCCUGCAGAUCAAGAGGGAUCUGUACCACGGCAGGCUCCUGUGCAAGACGUCGGACGCGGCGCUGCUGGCUGCCUACAUCCUGCAGGCUGAGAUCGGCGACUACGACCCAGGGAAGCACCCAGAAGGUUACAGCUCCAAGUUCCAGUUCUUCCCCAAGCACUCGGAGAAGCUGGAGAGGAAAAUCGCGGAGAUCCACAAGUCAGAGCUCAGUGGGCAGACACCAGCUACUUCAGAGCUGAAUUUCCUCAGGAAAGCGCAGACUCUGGAGACCUACGGGGUUGACCCUCACCCAUGCAAGGACGUGUCUGGCAAUGCAGCGUUCCUGGCCUUCACCCCCUUCGGCUUCGUGGUCCUGCAGGGCAACAAGAGAGUUCAUUUCAUCAAGUGGAACGAGGUGACCAAGAUGAAAUUCGAAGGGAAGACUUUCUACCUGUAUGUGAGCCAGAAGGAGGAGAAGAAAAUCGUUCUCACCUAUUUUGCCCCCACACCAGAAGCCUGCAAACACCUCUGGAAGUGCGGCAUCGAGAACCAGGCUUUCUACAAGUUGGAGAAGUCGAGCCAGGUGAGGACGGUGUCCAGCAGCAACCUGUUCUUCAAGGGGAGCCGCUUCCGCUACAGCGGCCGUGUCGCCAAGGAGGUGAUGGAGUCCAGCGCCAAGAUCAAGAGGGAGCCCCCCGAGAUUCACCGGGCCGGGCUGGUGCCCAGCAGGAGCUGCCCGUCCAUCACUCACGGCCCCCGGCUCAGCAGCGUCCCCCGCACCCGGAGGAGAGCAGUGCACAUCUCCAUCAUGGAAGGCCUGGAGUCCCUCCGUGACAGCGCCCACUCCACGCCGGUGCGCUCGGCUUCCCACGGCGACGCCUUCGCGGGUCCCGGGCGGAGCGGCCGCGCCGAGAGCAGCGAGCGGGUGGCCGUGAUCGCCGACGAGAGCUACAGCCCCGCCGACAGCGUGCUGCCCACGCCCGUGGCCGAGCACAGCCUGGAGCUGAUGCUGCUGUCGCGACAGGCCAACGGGGCCCCGUGCAGCAUCGAGGAGGAGAAGGAGUCGGAGGCGGGCACGCCGGCGGCAGAGGCGGAGGGCGAGCUGCGGGCGCUGUGCCCGGGCACCGCCGGCCUGGGGCCCGCACAGGCCCAACAGGUGAAUAAGUUUCUUUUAAGUGUCCUCCGUUUGCUCCUUGUGACAGUUGGACUCCUCUUUGUUUUGCUCCUCCUCCUGAUCGUCCUUACCGAGUCCGACCUUGACACUGCCUUUUUCCGUGAUAUCCGCCAGACCCCAGAGUUCGAGCAGUUCCAUUACCAAUACUUUUGUCCCCUCAGGCGAUGGUUUGCCUGCAAGCUCCGCGCCGUGGUAAACCUGCUCAUUGACACCUGA